UGGAUGGAGUCCACCAAGGAACAAUCCGGAUUGCUGCACCAGAUACUACCUCCGCGCCUAGAAGACGCAGGUCUCGAAGAUCCUGCACUUCCACCGGAAUCCAUCCAUGAAGCAUUUCUCAAAGCCGCCACCGCAGUGAAAUCACGCGCCGCCUCUAUUUUCUCCGUCACGGACGACGAAAACGACGCAGAUUGCGUCAAUGAUCCGUGGCCCACCGGCAAUGACGCCACCGACGCCGUCGUGGGAAUCGAGCUGGAAAAUGAGCCGUCGGGACCCUGCACCGUCUUGAAGGGGUGCGAAGCGGUUGCCGACGAAGUCAAGGUCGGUGGCGGUGGCGUGGAGGAGGUGGUGGUGUGUGAAGGAGUGAAAUUGGGGGAAGAAAGUGAAGCAUGUGUGGAUGAGUUGCAAGGGUUGGGUAUAAAAGAGAAAGAUGAUGUGAAGAACGGUGGUGUUGGAGGGGAAGAAGAAGAAGAAGAAAAAGAGAAGAAACCUACCUUGGUUGAAGGCUUUGUGUGAAAAGCUAAUAAUAUCUUUCUGUUUGUUGGGUUGGUUUUGUUCGUUCUGUUUCUGUACCCAAUUGUUAAUUAUCCUAAAUUUGUACUUUCUUCUCUAUAAUAGCAAUAUGGAGAGUCUUCUUCAAAGUUCUAAAUUUUUAAUGUUUUGAAU